AUGUAUCUCACCAUGAUCGAGACAACCGCAGCCGGCAGUCGUACCGUAGACUGGCAAGCCCAAGAAGAGCUAGAUGAUAUCUAUGAACGCCAAAUAGCGCGCGAAGAUGCCCUACUGCAAACAUUGAACUCCUCGCAAUCCGAACCAGAACUCCGUCUACCACCAUUCCUUCCGCGAGAGCCUCCUUCGAUUUACGCUAUGUCCAUCCAGCCUGGCUCCGGAAUUUGGGAUGACGACGAGUAUUUUCAAUCUUCUCCCUCGACUGUACUUCCCGUCGCUCCCGUAUAUCAACAGCGUCAGAUCAGAACUCUUGAGCAUAUUUCCCACAUGGCUCAGGAUAUGAAUGCCCGGGAGGGAAUUCCUGCUCUGCAGGAUAAUGAGCAUGCCGAUGCCAAUGCCGAUGCCGAUACAGAUGACAAAGAUCAUCAUAACGGUCAUCACAACACUGACGCCGACACUGAUAUCAACACUGACGCCAAUGAUGAAGGCAAUCCAUACCAAAUCAUCCAAACCUACCUCUCAUCCCUGAAACCACCAUACGAGGAGAUCUCCCAAACCCUCCAAAGCGAAAAAUGGCCACUGAAGACGAUUUACACCCUCCUAACCCUCCUCGAACAAAGCCACAUUCACCUGCUCUUCGCACUGCGACGCAAAGGACGUUCCGAGAGUGAGAUCAAAGAGAUUGAGAAGUUAUGUCGGGCUCAUGCUACUGGAUUUGAGAACUUGGCGAUGCCGGAUGAGGCUCUUGGGCUUGAGGAUGUGAGCGUUUCGCAAUGGUUGGGUGUGGAGAUGGCGCGCAGGAGGAAGAUUGGGUUUCAGUUUGGGGUUUCUGGGUCUGGGACUGGAGGUUGA